GUUCGUGCUAGACCGCAGAGAUCGUUUGUCCUCUGUUCUGCUGCCAGACAUGUCGGUCUCGCCACGCGGGGAUCGAGGCGGCGGAAGCAUGAGCGAUCGGGAGAGCAUGGAGCUGGGCGUCGCUCACCUCAUCCUGAGCGAGAUCAACGCGGUGACGUCUGCGAUCCGAAAGCACGUCCGCAACUCCUCGUCAUCGUCCUUUCUCGGCGGCAGUUCCACGACCAACUACGGGCCUUCCGGCGUUGGUGUUGGCGGCCCGGCAGCAGCCGCCUCCUCAUCGUCCUCGUCUGGGCCUCCACCGCCUGCGGCCACCUCAAACGGUAUUCACUUCAGACCUCCGCGCAUAGCAGGAGGCGCUAGAGGCAUUUCAACAAACGCAGCAGCUGGAGCGGGUGAAAGCAGCAAAGGUCGAAGAGACGAUGGUGUGGCCGGUCUCCUCAACGGCUUCACCGUGCUUCGAGCUCAGCUGAGAGAGUCACCGUCCGAGGGUGAUUUUCCCCUCCCUCAGCUCCUCUCGCCCUUUCUGCGAGUCAUUCUCUCGCCUAGAACAACGGGGCCCAUCACCUCGAUUGCGCUCCAGGCCGUUCAUCGGCUGCUCAUCUACAAUAUUGUCCGGUUGCCCCGUUCUUCAUCGAGCUCUUCGGACAGCCUGGGAGCCCAGCUCGCUGUGGCCGAGAUCGCCCAUGCCGUUAGUCAUUGUCGCUUCGAGGCAAGCGACUCUGCAGGCGACGAGGUGGUCCUGCUGAGGAUCCUGGCCGUCAUGCGCGAGGUCAUCUGUGCAGACGGCGGCGGCGGGUCCUCGCAAAGUGGCGGCCCAGCACUCGUCGACUACCUCAGCGACGAGGGCGUGUGCGAGAUGAUGGAGACAGGGCUGAGCAUGUGCUGUCAGAUGCGCCUCAGCGAUCUCCUCCGAAGGACGGCCGAGCAGUCGAUGACGACCAUGGUCCGCGCUCUCUUUGUCCGCCUCCGACGUCUCCCCACCACGGCUGAUGAGAGCUUCUCGGCGGAUCCUAGUGUACCUGGUCCACCCCCGGACCACGACACACUGGCCGCCGAGCCCAUCGGCACAGAGGCGGCGGGCGACGAAAAGAAGUUGCGACGAAUGACGAUGCCCGAUCCAACGAGCAGAGACGUACCAGCGGCUGCUGGCACGGUGCUCCAGCAGCUCAAGGAGAUGGGAGAGGCAGAGACGGCCCUGGAAGCGGUGCAGGAGGAGGAGUCCAAAGAGGCGGGCGAGCAGGACCACGAGGUUCCUGGAGAUGGUACAGAGGAAGCUUCGACGCAAGAGAAGAAAGUAGAGCCCGAAGAGCCCAAUGCUGCAGCAGCGGGAGAAAGCCAAGACGCCAAGGAGGCAGUACAAGAAAGAGAAGAAGAGGAUGAGCAGCAGCAGCCGUUUGGCCUGCCAGCCAUCAAGGAGGUCCUCCGCGUCAUUGUUUCGCUGUUGGACCCGCACAAUGCCCAGCACACCGACACGAUGCGGCUCCUCGGCUUAUCGAUGCUCUGCUCAGUCUUCGAAGUCGCCGGCGAGUCCAUCGGCCGUUUUCCUUCGCUGCGUGCUAUUGUCCAGGACUCGGCUUGCAAGCACCUCCUCCAGCUUGCACGGUCCGACAACUCGACGAUCCUCACCUACAGCUUGCGGACGAUCAAUGCGCUGUUUGCGACAAUGCGGGAGCAUCUCAAGCUCCAGUACGAGCUCUUCCUCACCUUCCUCCUCGACCGUCUGGCGCCGACGUUUCCCAUCGCCUUGGAGCCGUGGAAUGAGGAGAAGAAAGACGACGCUCUCAACCCAACGGCGCCAGGGCCACCUCCGCCGCCACCUCCGCCGCCGAUGCCAAAGAGCUCAGAGCGUGCACCAGCACAUGGGGAGAUGCGGGAGAUGAUUCUCGAGACGCUGGCUCUCCUGCUGGGCAACCCCGAGACGAUGGUCGAGCUCUGGGCCAACUACGACUGCGACGUCGACUGCGAAAACAUGUUUGAGCGCGUCAUUGGCUUCCUCUGCCGGUCUGUAUAUGCGAGCCAUCCAAGCAGCCAGGCUGGCAUCCAAGACGGCACCCAGCUCCUCGCCGUCGACAUCCUUCUCGAUUUCGUCUCAUCAAUGGCCGCCCGGCAGUCGAACGAACAAGACGAAACAGAGCAGGAGGUCUGGCCAGAGGGACUGCCCGCAGCCGAGAGCCUUACGACACAAAAGAAUCGUAAGGCGGCCGUGCUGGACGGUGCUGCGCGUUUCAAUGCCAAGCCAAAGGACGGCCUGGCGUAUCUGGAGCGUGAAGGGUUCAUCGACGUGAGCCAAUCGAGACCUCAGGGCAUCGCCACGUUUCUCAAAGAAUGCCCUCGGCUCGAUAAGAAGCUUCUUGGGGACUACAUCUCCCGACCAGACAACCUGGCCAUCCUCGAGGCCUUUCUCGGCAACUUUGACUUCCGAGACAAGCCCAUCGCAGAGGCCAUGCGCGAGAUGCUCGAGUCGUUCAGGCUGCCCGGCGAGUCGCAGCAGAUUGCCCGCAUCACCGAGACGUUUGCCAAGACGUACUUUGCCGCAGGCCCAGAGGGCAUCAAGAAUGAGGAUGCAGUCUACGUGCUCUCCUACUCGGUCAUCAUGCUCAAUACAGACCAGCACAGCCCUCAGAAUCACAAGCGUCGCAUGACCCUGGAAGAGUACCGCAAGAAUUUGAGAGGCGUCAACGAUGGCGUCGAUUUCGACCCAGAGUUCCUGACGGCCAUUUACGAGAGCAUCCGUCGGAGGGAGAUUGUCAUGCCUGAGGAGCAUCUUGGCCAGCUCGGCUUCGAUUAUGCGUGGAAAGAGCUCCUGAGAAAGUCGCGCAAAGCUGGCGCGCUGCUAGCCCCCGCAACGAAGCGCUUCGACGGGCCAAUGUUCGCGGCGAGCUGGCGGCCCAUCGUAGCCAGCGUCGCCCACGCCUUUUCCACCUUCCGCGACGAGCACAUGCUGGAGCGAGCCAUAAGCGGCUUCCGCCAAUGUGCCAUCCUCGCAAGCCGCUUCGGCAUGUACGACCUCUUUGACUUUAUGAUUCGCGGUUUGGCCGGCGCUACGGGUCUCCUCGAUGCCAACGUCGCCGGCGGCGGCGUACUGACAAACAAUGCUACCGUCGAAGUCGAGGGCAGCCCGGUCACUGUCAGCCCCCUGUCCGUCCGCUUCGGCAUGAACUUCAAGGGACAGCUGGCUGCCGUUGUCCUUUUCACCAUUGCCAAUGGCAAUGGCGAUGCAAUUCGACGAGGCUGGUCGCCAAUUUUUGAGAUCUUCAAAAAUCUCUUCUUGGCAUCACUGCUGCCCCCGAGUCUCGUAGCCAUGCACGAGUUUGGCAGUGACAGCUCCUUGUCAGCAUCAUCAGAGCCACCCAAGCAGAUCCCGCUUAAGCCGAGAAAGCCGCCAGGUCCCCCACCGCAAGAUCCACGAGCGCAAGGUGGUGGUCUCUUCAGCACUCUUUCGUCCUACCUUCUCUCGCCCUACAGCAACGCACAGGAGCCGGCGAUGCCCGAUGUAACGGACGAGGACGUCGAGUCGAGCCUGUGCACGGCCGACUGCGUGGCCAGCUGCCGCAUCGAGGAUCUCUACAGCCAGAUCCUCGAGCUCCAUGCUGUCAUUCCCUGCCUGACAGCCUUGCGGGACCUUGCGGAGAAGUACACCGUGGAGCGACGAAACCAGCAGCUGCUGCAGUCUCAAGAAGGCUCCAGCUCGGGACGGUCAACACCGGUCCAAGGUCAGACUCACGCGCCGUCAGCGCCGCUAGCUGUCGCCAUGGCUCGCGCACUUCCAUACGACCCUGCGGCUGCCUUUAUCCUUGAAUUGCUCACCACUGUCGCCUGCGGUGUUGGACAAGCCGACCUGCAGGAGGCCUGGACGAUUGCCACGUCGCACAUCCAGUCGCUCCUCCAGGCUCCCACUUCCUUCCACCCGCUGCAGAUCGAGCGCGCCGUCGUCUCGCUCCUGCGGCUCACGCAGCGCGCAUCGAUCGCCGCAGACGAGGCGAUGCGCCACCAGAUCUUUGUCGCAUUGGAUCAGCUUCGAAGCCUGCCUGUCGAGCUCCGGCCGACGCUUUCCACACAAGUCACGCUCGGACUAGGGGCGAUGCUGCGCGCAGACGAGAACCUCGUUCGAUCCCAGACCGAGUGGAACAUCGUCUUGGCCAUCCUCUCCGACUUUUCGUCGGCCCGGAAUGCCUUGGCAGCUCGGACUGGCUUCGACCUGUUGCGCUUCAUUGCUCAAGAGAGGCUAUCGGCAGACAACUAUGCUGCCGUUGUCGCGAUGCUGUGCGACAUUGCAGCGGCGGCCGAGACCAAGUGGACGUCACUCGAGAGAGAAGGCCAGCGUCGAACGCUGACGGAGAAGAAGGAACUGGCCGAAUUUGAGGAAGCAUGUCAGCAGAGAGGCACAGAGGCAGUCGAGGUGCUCGACUCAUUGCGUCCUCAGGUUCCGCGGUUGAUCGAGAGCAACGGAGCAGACGGAGCUGCGUGGAAGCUCUACUGGUCACCAUUGCUCAUUGCCCUCUGCAAGCAGUAUACCAAUGGCCAUCGGCCGGCAAGGCUUGCGGCCAUCUCAGUUGCCCAGAGAGCCCUGCUGGAUCCACAAGCGACAGCUACAUCGCCUUCGCCCCCGUUACACGUCUUCUACGAAGUUGUCUUCCCCAUGCUCGACGAACUGCUCAAGCCUCAAGUUUACCAGAAGGACCCCAGCCCGGGCGCUGGAGGAAUGCAGGAGACGCGCAUCCGGGCAUGCGCCCUGCUCGCAAAGAUCUUCCUGCACCAUCUCGGUGCCCUGUCGACUGGAUCGAGCGACGAGCAGUUUCAAGAGUUGUGGCUCGCCGUGCUGGACUUCUUCGAUCGGUUCAUGCAUGCCGGCAAGCGAGAUCAACUGACCGAGGCCACGCCAGAGAACCUCAAGAACGUGCUCCUGGUCAUGAACGCCUCUGGGCUUCUCUUGCCUCCACCGCCUCCAUCGACGGGUGAAGGCAACGGGGAUACGAGGACAAAGGAGCAGGCGGUGCUGUUCUCAAGGACAUUUGAUCGGAUCCAGCGCUUCCUGCCCAAGCUCAAAGAGGAGUUGUUUUCGACUGCUCCUUCGUCGAGCCAUACCCAGACGCAGAGGAACGAGGUGCCACAGGUGCAAGAGGGUAGCAUAGAUGAGAGCAGAAAGAAGCUUGGAGGAGAAUGA